AAGUUAAGUAACUUUCGUUUUUCUGAUAAAAUUUGUGAGGAAUGUUAUGUAGACCUGAACUGAAGAGAAGAGACAUUUUAAUUCGUUGCUGAAUGUUUCUUCGAUUUUCAUUGCAGUUCUUUUAAGAAUUUCACUGUAAUGUUUGGAUUCCAGGAAAAAAGAUAAAAGAAACAACUUGAAAUCUGUGCCUUCUUUUGAUUUGAAGUGUUUUUCGUUAGUCACCUGAUUUUGUUUGCAAUUGGAUUCUUGAGCUCGAAUUAAACGCCUUUCAAAUUUAAAUUUUAUUUGGGAGUCAGUUGUGGUAGGGUUUUUACGGUAGUAGUGCCUCUGAUGAUGAUGAAACUCUAAACUUUCGUUCUUCUGAGAUAUUCUAUGCGGAAAAAAAUUGGAGACCUGAACUGAAGAAGUCGAGUUUAAUAAUGUACAACCUCUCUUCUAGGAUUAGGAAGUAACAUGAAUUUGAGAAGGACGAUUGAGCUAGGAAUAUUCAGAGUACUUUAUACAGUGGGGUUCUGUUUUAUACUGUAGAUUUUGAGUUAUGUGGAUUUGACGAUGGAGCUAAGAUGUCCAUGUUUAUUUAUAUGUUUCAUGCUCUCUUAAGUAAUAUUGAAGCAAACUAUUUUGUUUUUUUGGGAAGGUGCUUGCUUUACUGCAUGGAAGUUACUGAAAUUUUGAAAAAUGUUGAUGUUUUCAGAUGUUCUUUAAUUUUUUGUAUUGCCUCUGAGGAUGAUCAAACUAAUAACUUUCGUUCUUCCGAGAUACCCCAUGCGGAAAAUAAUUGGAGACCUGAACUGAAGAGGCUAAGCUAGGAUAUUUGUAGAACUACAGUUAGAAAAUUAGGGUGUUGGCGACUGGACUUCUAAGGCGUGGUUGUGCUGCUAUUUUUUAUUCUGAAAUGAUAUUGAAGCAAAUCUACAUUAUAUAUUUUGGGCACUUAGUCCUGAAGGCUUGUACAUCUCAACUCGGCGGGCAGCUCUACUAGCAGACAUGGUGAACGUUCCUAAGACCAAAAAAACUUACUGCAAGAAUAAGGAGUGCAAGAAGCACACCCUUCACAAGGUGACUCAAUACAAGAAGGGCAAGGAUAGUCUUGCUGCUCAGGGAAAGCGUCGGUAUGACAGGAAACAGUCUGGUUAUGGAGGUCAGACUAAGCCAGUCUUUCACAAGAAGGCCAAAACCACCAAGAAGAUUGUUCUUAGGCUGCAGUGCCAAGGUUGCAAGCAUGUCUCUCAGCACGCAAUCAAGCGAUGCAAGCAUUUCGAGAUAGGAGGAGACAAAAAGGGAAAGGGAACUUCUCUCUUUUAAAUUUGUGUUACUAUGUCAUUUUUGUUUUUAUGGAUCUUGAAAUAGAAUUAUGGGAUAUUUGUUAACCUAGACAUAUGCUGUCAUGUUAAACAUGAUUUUGUUUGUUGAACUUUGUCAAUGUUAUUAUUCUUAAGGUUCCGAGAA